UCAUUCGAUUUACACGGACGGAUCUAGUUUUGUACGGACAGCUAGCAAGAAGUGAGUCGUGUGCCGGUCUGAGGUCAAACAAACGCUCUACUGUCAACACCUUUGCAGGUAUCCUUUUAGUGGGACGCUGUGUAACAUGGCGAAGAAGAAGAGGCUGCGUCUGAUAGCAGAGAUGGCUCGGAAGAUCCGAGCGUACCGAGAGCUGAAGUCACGACCGCGGGAGUCCCAGAAGUACGCCCUGGACCAUGAGACGAUGAGGAGACCUCUCACGGGGAAGAUGCUGCCCGUGUUGGCCUGGCAGGACGUCCGGCGGGAGAGCCGACUGUUCUCCCUGUUGGCAGGCAUGAGACUGUUCGGAGUGGGCCGCAUGUUCACUCGCAAGUCCUGGCUGGAGGAUCACAACGAGCCCAGCUUCUGGCAGAUUACCAAGGUCAAGGUGGACUACACAGCUGAGAACAUGGAUCAUGGCAAAGCAUGGGGAGUCCUCACAUAUAAAGGGAAAAAAGAGAGCGAGAUGAAAGAAGUAGACAAGGUGAUGUACCAUGACUGGCGACUGAUUCCUAAACACAUGGAGCAGCAGUUUAAGGACUUUGAGCCCCUCCCUGAACCACCUGUGCGCCACGUCCCCUACCCUCCUCUACUCCGGGCCAUGAUGCUGGCCCAUCGUAAAACAGGAGGCAGCACAGUCCUAGAUGAGCCGGCACUGCCUCUGCAGAGAGACGUGGUGCUCAACAAAGACUAUUUUCGCAGACAGGAAAAAGAAAGGCGGAGCAAAGAGGGGACAGCUGUGUAAAGGCUACUGAUGUUUCAAUCUCAGGGGGCCACAACUCUUUCUGAGCUGCUUUAAGAUUAGGCUCCAUCCUGGACAAGAGUGUAAUGCCAUAGUGAGUGUAUGUGUGUUUGAAUUUGACUGAUUUGCUAAAUAAAAAAAUGGGAAUAAAUU